AAGUCGCUAUGUUUGUGUACGGUUUGGAGUUUGUCUCUUGACGGUCGUGAACAUUUUACAGAGAAAAACAUGUUAUUAAAGGAGUAAAAAAAAACUUGUGGAGCUUCUCAGAGACUCCAAAAGUGUUACAUCAAAGAUUUCUGUAAUAACUGCGGAUAUGAAGGUGUGUUUCCGGUCUGUUCUGCUGCUGCUGCUGCUGUGUCCUGUGGGAAAGUGCGCGAGACACGUGAGACACGCGCUCCUCAUUAUCGCCGACGAUGCAGGGUUCGAGACGGAGGUCUACAACAACACUGUGGUCCGAACACCUCACCUGAACGCUCUGGCUGGACGCAGCGUGGUUUUCAGGAACGCCUUCUCCUCGGUCAGCAGCUGCUCGCCCAGUCGGUCCACCAUCCUCACCGGGUUACCGCAGCACCAGAACGGGAUGUACGGGCUUCACCAGGGCGUGCAUCACUUUAACUCCUUCGAUGGAGUCCAGAGCCUCCCGCUGUUACUGAAACAGAACAACAUCCACACCGGGAUCAUUGGGAAGAAGCACGUGGGUCCGAGCGCCGUGUUCCCCUUCGACUUCGCCUACACAGAGGAGAACGGUUCGGUCCUUCAGGUGGGACGUAACAUCACCAGGAUCAAGCUGCUGGUCCGGAAGUUUCUACAGGAACACAGACGGGAGGAGGAGAGGAGCGGAGGAGAGACUCGGCCUUUCUUCCUUUACGUGGCGUUUCAUGACCCGCACCGCUGUGGCCACUCGCAGCCUCAGUACGGCUCGUUCUGUGAGAAGUUCGGCAAUGGAGAGAGCGGCAUGGGGAGAAUUCCUGACUGGCAGCCGCAGCACUACACACCUGAGCAGGUGAAGGUGCCGUAUUUCGUCCCAGACACUCCGGCCGCUCGAGCCGAUCUGGCGGCUCAGUACACCACCGUCAGCAGACUGGACCAGGGUAUCGGUUUGGUCCUGCAGGAGUUGAAGGAUGCUGGCUUUGAGAACGACACUCUGGUGAUGUACAGCUCCGAUAACGGAAUCCCGUUUCCUAACGGACGGACCAACCUGUACGACUCUGGCGUGGCCGAACCCAUGAUCAUCUCGUCACCUGAGCACAGAGAGCGCUGGGGACAGACGAGCGACGCCUACGUCAGCCUGCUCGACGUCACGCCCACACUGCUAGACUGGUUCUCUGUGCCGUAUCCUUCCUACAGCCUGAGCGGCAGGUCUCCGGUCCACCUUACGGGUCGUUCCCUGCUCCCCGUGCUGUCCUCGGAACCCAUCUGGGACACGGCGUACAGCAGUCAGAGUCUGCACGAGGCCACCAUGUAUUACCCGAUGCGCUCGGUGAGGCGCGGCCGCUACGUGCUGCUGCACAACCUGAACUACCGCUCGCCCUUCCCCAUCGACCAGGACCUGUACGUCUCGCCCACAUUCCAGGACCUGCUGCAGAGGACGCAGACGGGAACGUCCACCUUCUGGUUCAAGACUCUGAGGCAGUACUACUACAGGGAGCGCUGGGAGCUGUUUGACACGAGCUCGGACCCGGCCGAGCAGACCAACCUGGCAUCGGACCCUCGUCAUAAAGCCGUGCUGGAGCUCCUGAAGGACCAGCUGCUGAAGUGGCAGUGGGAGACGGAGGAUCCUUGGGUCUGCGCUCCGGAUGGCGUCCUCGAGGACAAGAUGGAGCCCAAGUGCAGGCCUCUGUACAACGAGCUGUGAGGGAUUAUCAGUUUAUUGACUCACAACUCACAUCCUUUGUAGUUUAAUAAAUGAAGCAAAACAGAAAGAGAAACAAGAUGAAGACAUUAUCACAAGCUCAAUUUGGGCUGUUUUCCUUUGUUUUUAUCUGAUUUUAUUUCUUUGUUUUUUAAGCACAUGGUUUCAAAUAUUUGAUGUAAUGAUGGAGAAUUCUUUCAUAAAAAAAAGUGUAUGUGGAGAUUUUAUAUGCUUUCAAAAAAUCAUGAACUCUAAAAAAUAAAAAAGUUGCUGCAGGAAAUGAA